UGGAAAACGGUAUGAGAAAGUUAACAAAUAUACCAGAGGUACCUACCGACUAUAUAAAAGAAGAAGAAGAAUCAAUUCCUUUGUGAACAUAAUAAAUCAACAUUAAUAUCAAUAUCAAUAUCACAUCUCUACAUCAUACUAACAUUUUCUCGGGAUUUGAUUCUAACCCCCUCCCCACUUCUUUAAAGAAAGACUUUUGAACGACAUCAUCGACUGACAGCUUAUUAACGACCCAUUUUCACGAAAACGAAACGUACGAUCGAUUCAAAGUUACUACAAAACACAAGCAACUGCAAAUAUAAAAUCAUCAACAAGCAGUAUAUUCAAGAACAACCAUCAAUUUACCUUUCCAAAGCUUCUUGCAAGAAUCAUUCUCCAUAUUACCCCUCAAUUCGAUCUCCAACCUACGAGGAAAUAGCUUGCCACAAGAGAAUUUCAUCAACCCCGCCAAAUCUACCACAUAUAAAAUAUGAAGAUUCUUACCAAGGAAGAAGAGGCUGAGCACUACAAUGCCACUUUAAAGGGUGGUAUUACAGGAGGUUUCGUUGGUCUCGCAAUGGGUGGCGCCGCACUCUAUGUGGCCAACAGACGAUUCCACACCAUUCGCAGUCUCACCAUUCCCAUGAAAAGUUUCCUCGUCUCAUCAUCCGGUACUUUCGCCGCCAUCAUCAGCGCGGAUCGCGCAUCUCGCUCAUACGAAUGGAAUCGCGACCCCUCGCGAAAUUACAAAGACAAAUCGACGCUCCUUCUCGAACAGGAAAAAGCGAAUGAAACUACUGCGCAGCGUCUCAAGGCAUGGGGAAAAGAAAACCGUUACUCAAUCGUUACCGCAUCGUGGGUGGCCAGUAUGGGAAUCGCCUUUGGGAUGGUUUCGAAAAACAAAUAUUUGACUGGAGCCCAGAAGUUGGUACAAGCAAGAGUCUAUGCGCAAGGGUUGACAUUGGCUGUAUUGGUUGCAUCAGCGGCAUUCGAGAUGGGAGAUGCAAAGAAAGGAACAGGAAGGUGGGAAACGGUUACGGUGUUGGAUCCCAACGAUCCGGAACAUAAACAUUUGAUUCAAAAGAAGAUUCACCACGAAGCUUAUGAAGGAGAGGAUUUAUGGCGUGAUAUGGUAGAAGCUGAAGAGCGCCGCAUUAAUGAACGCAAGAGAGCAGCGGAAGAAAGAAACCACUCCUCGAGCAAAACAUCCUCGGGUAAAGAAAACAAGGAUAAAAUCUCUAGGGAGAUGAAGAGUGCUGGAAAAGUAGCAUUUGCAGAUGCCAAGGAAAGAGAAGAGAAGAAUCAGGCCGAGCAGGCUGAGAAGGAAGCGGAUGCAAAAAACGAGUCGGCACAGUCUGAACCAAAAGUGAAUGGUAGAAAUAAGAUCUAAAAAUGGAGGGUUUCGCUACCGAAUCUUUCUGGUGUUUGUAUGGGCAUUGGAUGGCGCGCUGAGUGAUUUCUGGAUGAUAGAAGGGGAUAAUUAAAAAGGGGGGUGUUUGGAGAAGGGGUCGAGUAAUUUUGUAUAUACUCCGGUUCUUGUAUCAUUAGAAUGACAAACAAACAUGUCUCACGUAAA